AUGGCGGGUACUCGAACCUCAACCGAACAGACGGUUCUACAGAAGUUCUAUCGUGACUACUUGAACGGGAGCCAUAUCCUGCACUAUCACAAUGUUCUGGACGCCUUUGGACAUCUCUCCUUCCGACACCCCUUGAAUCCGAAUAUCUUCAUCAUGUCUCGCAAUGCCGCACCCGCGACCAUCUCGUCCCCAAAUGAUUUGAUUGAGUAUUACGUCGAGGACUCCAAGCCGGUCGACCCGAACGCGGCAGCCGGAUUUUUGGAGCGUCAUAUCCACAGCGAGUGUUAUAAGCGCUAUCCGGGCGUUCGAUCUGUGAUUCACAGCCAUUCGGAGGCCGUGGUGCCCUACACCUUCAGCGGCGUGCCCCUGCGGGCAUGCUAUCAUAUGGCCGGCUUCCUGGGUCUGGAGGUGCCUGUCUGGGACAUUGAGGACGCCCAGCGACCGGGCGAUAUCAGUGAUCUGUUGGUGCGAAAUGUCCAUCUCGGCAGUUCCCUGGCCAAUUCGUUUGCCGGAAGUAAGCAGGACGGAAACGAUCUGCCACAACACACGGUGGUGCUGAUGCGAGGGCAUGGCUUUACAGUGCUCGCCGGGAACAUGGAAGAGUGUGUGAUGAGGGCCGUCUACACGCAGAAAAACGCCAUGAUCCAAACAACGGCCUUGAUGACCAGGGCGGCGGAUCUGCAGACUGACAAGGCAAGCAAAGCGAUCAAGUAUCUCAGUCAGAAGGAGGUCGACGACACCACGUGGUCAAUACCGCAAUCUGCUCAUCGGCCCUGGAAACUCUGGUUGCGAGAGGUGGAAGCCUGCAAUCUGUACGUCAACUCGGCCUAA